AUGUCGCGAGCCUCCAAAAUCACCCUGGCCGCCACCUCCCUCUUCGCCCUCGGCACCGUUGGGAUUGUCCACUUCCAGCAACGGUUUGAACAAACGGCCAUGCACGAAGGUGUCGUCCGUGACAUGGAGCAGCAGCGCUUGAAGCAGGAGCGCAAACUUGACUUUGACCUCCAGAGAGCCCUGGAGGCUGAGUAUAAAGGAGCAGACCGUCAAGGACACCUCGCAUGGCUCGCCGGAAGGCGGUCGCGGUACGCAAAGCAGCAGUAG